UGGACUUGCAGCAGUGUCGGGAGAGUGCGGGGUGCGCAAGCUACUUGGCUCCCUGUCAACCGGCGAGAAUCGAAGAGGUGUGGUGUGGUGGAGAGAAAAGGGAUUGAAGCUUGCGCAGUGACUUGAAGCCGACGGCCGUACGGGUAAUACUUUUAAGUGGGGGAACCCAAGUUGAGACGGGUCGAUGAUGCCGGCACGGUCCGACGAGGCCGCCGCGUUAACCGUCAGUCAGUCUCUGGUCCACCCGAAGCCGCGACGCUAAACGCUUCUUUCACAUCGAAAUUAUCGCCGUACGCCGCAGCCAUGGGUGACGACAAGAGUGCUUCGCAGUGAUCGUCGGACAUCAGUGCUCGAUACACUACUUCCGGUCGUGGAUAAGAAGAGGUUGAGAGAAAGAGAGAAAGAAAAAAAAAGCGUGCGUGUGAGUGACAAAAAAAAAAAGCUUAUUCAAGACAGAGGGAAGUGCUUUGACGGUCGACUAUACGACGAGUCACUUCACUUGAAAAAUAGUCCAAAAUAUUAAAUUAUAAUUAAUCUUAACGAAAAGUAAAAAAAAAAAGCAAGAAGAUUAUCUACUUCUUCUCAACCGUUAAUUCGUCGUUAAAUUAAACAUGUCGCGGCGAAAGAAUCCAAAGAAAAAGGGAGACAAUUUGGAUGAUUUGAAGCAGGAGUUGGAUAUUGAUUUUCAUAAAAUCACUCCUGAAGAGCUUUACCAGAGAUUUCAGACUCAUCCGGAAAAUGGCCUUAGCCAUGCGAAAGCGAAAGAGAAUCUGUUGAGGGAUGGUCCAAAUGCAUUGACGCCUCCAAAACAGACACCGGAAUGGGUCAAAUUCUGUAAAAAUUUAUUCGGAGGUUUCGCUUUGUUGUUGUGGAUUGGUGCAUUCCUUUGCUUUAUUGCAUAUGGUAUCCAAGCGUCGACGAGUGAAGACCCCAACGAUGACAAUCUCUACCUCGGUAUUGUACUUGCCGCCGUAGUUAUCGUGACGGGUAUUUUCUCAUAUUACCAGGAAAGUAAAUCAAGUAAAAUAAUGGAGUCGUUCAAGAACAUGGUUCCACAAUUCGCAACAGUAUUGAGAGAGGGUGAAAAAACGACUCUUAGAGCUGAAGAUUUAGUGCUUGGUGACGUUGUCGAAGUUAAAUUCGGUGAUCGUAUACCAGCUGAUAUUAGAAUCAUUGAAUCACGAGGCUUUAAAGUAGAUAACAGUUCGCUUACCGGUGAAUCUGAACCCCAAUCGAGAUCACCUGAAUUUACCCACGAAAAUCCCCUUGAAACCAAAAAUCUAGCAUUCUUUUCUACUAAUGCAGUAGAAGGCACAGCUAAAGGCGUAGUAAUUUGCACUGGUGACAAUACUGUAAUGGGUAGAAUUGCAGGUCUAGCAUCAGGAUUGGAUACUGGAGAGACGCCGAUUGCCAAGGAAAUUCAUCAUUUUAUUCAUCUUAUUACUGGUGUAGCUGUAUUCCUUGGAGUAACCUUCUUUCUCAUUGCUUUUAUCCUUGGUUACCAUUGGCUUGAUGCUGUCAUUUUCCUGAUUGGUAUUAUUGUCGCUAAUGUACCUGAAGGUCUUCUAGCUACAGUGACAGUAUGUCUGACAUUAACUGCCAAGAGAAUGGCCUCUAAAAACUGCCUUGUUAAAAAUCUCGAAGCUGUUGAGACUUUAGGAUCCACCUCGACCAUUUGUUCGGAUAAGACAGGAACCCUGACACAAAAUAGAAUGACUGUCGCCCAUAUGUGGUUUGACAAUCAGAUAAUUGAAGCCGACACAACGGAGAACCAGUCUGGUGUGCAGUACGAUCGCACGAGUCCUGGAUUUAAGGCCCUCGCCAGGAUCGCCGCUCUAUGCAACCGAGCCGAGUUCAAGCCAGGCCAAGAAGGUGAGCCGAUUCUCCAACGAGAAGUUAACGGCGACGCCUCUGAGGCUGCACUUCUCAAGUGUAUGGAACUGGCACUCGGCGAUGUUAUGGGUAUUAGAAAGAAGAAUAAAAAAGUUUGUGAAAUUCCUUUCAAUUCAACCAACAAAUUCCAAGUUUCCAUUCAUGAAACUGAGGAUCCUAAUGAUCCACGUUAUUUGCUUGUUAUGAAAGGUGCCCCUGAAAGAAUCCUCGAAAGAUGUUCAACCAUCUUUAUUGGAGGCAAAGAAAAAGUCCUUGAUGAAGAAAUGAAAGAAGCUUUUAAUAAUGCAUAUCUUGAACUUGGCGGUCUUGGCGAGCGGGUUCUCGGAUUCUGUGACUUCGUUCUCCCAUCUGACAAAUAUCCUGUUGGCUUUAAAUUUAACAGCGACGACCCUAACUUCCCGCUUGAAAAUUUACGCUUCGUAGGACUUAUGUCUAUGAUUGAUCCACCAAGAGCUGCCGUGCCUGAUGCUGUUGCCAAAUGCCGGUCUGCUGGUAUCAAAGUCAUCAUGGUUACUGGAGACCAUCCAAUCACUGCCAAGGCUAUUGCCAAGUCCGUUGGUAUCAUUUCCGAAGGUAAUGAAACCAUUGAAGAUAUCGCACAACGGUUGAAUAUUCCAGUAUCAGAAGUUAAUCCACGUGAAGCCAAGGCUGCAGUAGUCCACGGAAGCGACCUCAGAGAUCUUGACUCUGAUCAAUUGGAUGAGAUUCUCAGGUACCAUACCGAAAUUGUGUUCGCACGUACUUCACCUCAACAGAAACUCAUCAUUGUCGAGGGAUGUCAACGUAUGGGUGCUAUUGUCGCCGUAACUGGUGAUGGUGUAAAUGAUUCUCCAGCCUUAAAGAAAGCAGAUAUUGGUGUUGCUAUGGGUAUUUCUGGAUCCGACGUAUCAAAACAAGCUGCCGACAUGAUUCUUCUUGACGAUAACUUUGCAUCAAUUGUUACUGGUGUCGAGGAAGGUCGAUUGAUUUUCGACAAUUUGAAGAAAUCCAUCGCUUACACCUUAACAUCAAAUAUCCCUGAGAUUUCACCUUUCCUUGCUUUCAUUCUCUGUGACAUUCCACUUCCACUUGGAACUGUAACCAUUCUCUGCAUCGAUUUAGGAACUGACAUGGUACCAGCCAUCUCGCUAGCAUACGAGGAAGCUGAGAGUGAUAUUAUGAAGCGACAACCACGAAACCCGUUCACUGACAAGCUAGUUAAUGAAAGGCUCAUCUCCAUGGCUUAUGGACAGAUUGGUAUGAUCCAAGCUGCUGCAGGUUUCUUCGUGUAUUUCGUUAUCAUGGCUGAGAAUGGAUUCCUACCAUUAAAACUCUUUGGUAUCCGAAAACACUGGGAUUCUAAAGCUAUUAAUGAUCUUACUGACAGUUAUGGACAAGAAUGGACAUACAGAGACCGUAAAUCUCUAGAAUUCACGUGUCACACAGCUUUCUUUGUAUCAAUUGUUAUUGUACAAUGGGCAGAUUUAAUUGUUUGUAAGACACGUAGGAACUCGAUUAUCCAUCAAGGAAUGAGAAAUUGGGCGCUUAACUUUGGUCUUGUAUUCGAGACAGCUUUGGCUGCAUUCUUGAGUUACACGCCUGGAAUGGACAAGGGUCUUCGUAUGUUCCCACUUAAAUUUGUAUGGUGGCUUCCCGCGUUACCUUUCAUGUUGUCAAUCUUCAUCUACGACGAAACGAGACGAUUCUACCUCCGUCGGAAUCCAGGCGGAUGGCUGGAGCAAGAAACUUACUAUUAAACAGUUACGUACAGCGAGAUGCAUACCCACGCGGAAAUACAUAAAGCUAAAGGAAGAUUCAAAAACUACUCACAUAUACACAUGUUAUACACAGGGCGUGCUAUUAAAUCGAUCCAUAUUAUCAUGAAAAAGGCUGGAAAUGUGCUUCGUUGGCUAAACCAUGUGGCUCAAGGAGAUUAUUCCAAGAAAGAGCAAAAUCGAAAUAAAAAAGAACAUUAUCCAAUCGUUAUCCUUGUGCACUGGAUAGGAAAAGUGGUUAAAGAUGGUAAACAUUUGGAAUCCAACGAACCGAAUACGGACGGUUCGUCGAAUUCGUUUUCCGACAUGCUCCAACGAAUGUUCACUUACACGUGACAGGACUAUUUAGUAGUAUUAACGGGAGAAUGUGCGCCGUCUUGAAAGUGUUCUGCUGAGCCAUGAUGAUAAAAUAAAGCACUUGUGGGUUCCAAUAACAUGGGAACGUGGAUAUGAGUCACUGCCCUAUAUAUGUAUUGGUUGUACGAGCGUAAACAUUUGGGAAUCUACAAGGAUAGCCGGGGAUUAUGCUAAUGAUGCGAAUAUCCAGCCUGGAAUGAAGAAAAACGACCAAUAAAAAAGCGAUAGUGUUAUUAGAUUAUUGGAUGGGCUUUGCAUGAUCAAAAAAAAUAGCGUCGGGUGAGACGGGCCUAAAACAAAAAAUAAAUGGUAGAUUGUAGAUGGAAUAUAAAAAAAAAAAAAUAACAAAUUUUAAAUUUAAAAAGAAAUUUUAUUGAACAAUAAUAAACGUGCGGGGGUAAGCUGACCGUGGUAUGUUAAUAUUAAAAAUUUCAUUAAAUAUAAUAAAUUAUUUAUAAUUGAAGUGUGCAUUAAAAAAGUGUGUAGGACACACUUUCAACGAUAUUUAUUUGUCGUGUGGCAUGCUUCAUUUUAGUUGAAAAAUUCGAAAAAAUUCAUUCAAUUCGAAUAUUCAAAUGUUAAAUUUGAUGAAAUAAAGAAAAAAUAAUACGUUGAUUUUAAAGGAUUAAUAAAAAAAAAGAAAAAAUGAAAAUAUUAUAUUAAUAAUCGAUUAAAAACAAAAUGCGGAAUCCGCAGAAAGAGAGAAAUAUAUUGAUUAAAUAAUAAUGUAGAUGUCUUGUGAUACCGGGGAUUAUUCCGAUAAAAAAGAUCUGUUCAUUAGCGAUUUAUUAUUUUCAAAAAUCAUUAACUUGUUAAUAAAUUGGCAUGAUCUAGAAAUUCUCAUGUGAAAAUAACAAUUAUCUGACUAAAUAAAUAAAAAAUAGUAUUCAUUGUAUAUAUAAAACAUUAUCAACAACAAAUAAAUUAUAAUUUCAAAUACGCAGGAUAUAUAAAUAUAUAAAUAAAUUUAUAUAUAUAUAAAUAUAUAGAAGUCGUAUGACACCGCAAUUCUUUAUAGUAAGUUUUAUUGUUUAAUAAUUUAUGAAAUAAAAAAAAAAAGAGGGAAAUUUGUUAAAAAAAAUCAGUAUGCUAGAUCGGCACGCCCUAGAUAAAAGAAAUAAAAGUUAAUUAAAAAGUAUUGAAUUAAAAAUAAAUAAAUAAAAGAAAUUUGAAAAUAAAAAUCGCGUAUUCAUUAUUUGCAUGUAGCAUCGUCUGAUUUUGAAUAUUAGCUACAAUCAGAUCGCCUUACGUUAUUCUGUAGAUUUUAUUCGAGAUCGUUAAUAAAAAUGGAAAAAGAGGGUCGGCAUAACGAAGUAGCGAUAGAAAAAAUAACAACAAUUUAAACAAAAAAAAAUCAUUGAUAAAAGUGUGCUCGUUUAAUAACUGUGAGCUAUUGAAUUUCUUAAUUAGUCAUUGUAAUAAAUACAAAUUUAAAGCAAGAAAAAUCUCUAAGUUGAUGAUAUAGUUGAGUGAGAAAAGUAGAAAGAUAGAGACAGAGUGAGUUGAAUGAAUAAUGAAAAAUGAUGAGCCAAGUUUCUUGAUGAAGAAUUAAUAAGCGAAAAGGGCCAUAGACUUGUUUUGAGAUUACAAAAAUUAUAUAGUACACGCGAUGAUUGUAGAUUGUAGAUUAUACACAGUAAAGGAAAAAAUAACAAAAAAAAAAAAACGAAAUUACGAGCUAGGAAUGGAAGUAAUGCAUUCUCACGUAGAUGACAAACAAAAAAUAAAUAAUAAUUAUAAUUAUAAUUAUGAAAAAAAAAAAAAAAUAAAUAAUCAAGUAAAUAUAUAAAAAGCAUUCAUUCUCUUAGGUUUUUUUCAUAGUUUUAAUGCCAAGCGGGAAAGCUCGCUUUAAACUUAUUGCCCCGGUACGCUCUGAACGCCCUGUUAUCAACCGAUUACAUGAUGAUUUAGCAAACAAAAAGUUACUGUCAGAAAAUUUUGAUUAAUUAAACCAGCGAACCCUUCGACACAAAGUGACUUAAAAACCUGCCACGUAUGACCCUCUCACUCACAGAAUGUUCGAGAAUAUUAUCAAUUAAAACAGAAUAAUAAUUAAAAUGUCACAGGGGCGCGAAAUACUCAAGAUGAUGGAGAUGGUGAAAAGCAGCACACCCCGGCUCCGGUUAGGUCCUGAAUAAAUGCCUAAAGUGUUCAUUAUUGAGAGUCAUUAGUACACUUGUUAAUUACAUUCAUGUAACUUUAAUAAACACAACAUAAAAAAUUUAAAAAAAUAACACAAGACAUUUACACUUAACAAGCACAAUGAAAUGAUUUUUAAAGUAAGAAAAACUGUUGGAGUUUUAAAGUAGCAUUUAAAAGCCACGAAAGCCCUAAGAGACUUCCAGUUUUGAUGUUUAUCUUCCUAAAGAGAAUGAAAAGACAUGUUAAUCAUUGAAAAUAAAUGCAGACUUUUUUGACUUUCCGUAUGUUAUUCUCGUUAAAUUGGUCAUUAAGGCCUGCGUGGAUUUAAUGAAAAAAAAAAAACAAGAAUUAAAACAAAUUAAUUAGGAAGAUAUAACUCAUAAUUAAACACUUAUAGAAACAAAGUGAGUAGAUGAUUAAAAGCGUCGGGUAUGUCGGUAAUAAAUUUCUAUACGUGCUGAAAGCUUAUCAUGCUAAUUGAUGUCAUGGCACGUAUGAAACUCACUGUACGAUAAGAAACGAUGAAAAAAAUCUUGUGAGAAUGUAAAUGAUAAUGAAUUAUAAAAGAAAUAAGAAAAAAUGAUGUUAAAACGGUUGUCAACAGGGUGUUCCGUGCCGGGGGGACGUAGGAGCCCAAGAAAAAAAAAAACUGAUAAAAUAAAAAAAAUGCUUUGCCGUCGUGCGCCGCCUCACUUUAGGCUAAAUAAUUUAAAUAUUAACGAUAAUAUAAUAAUUAUGAUAAUACAAUACAUGUUAUAAAAUAAGAUAUUACUAGAUGUAAUUAUUAUACAUGGUUAGUCUAGAUCGUGUUGUUGAAGAAAAAAGUAUGUAUAAGCAAAAAAAAAAAAAAAUAAAUAAAAGAAAUGGAGCGAACAAAAUAUAUAACAUAAAAAAGUAAUGGAAUAGGAUUCGGUCUAAGACCAAAAUCCGCAGCGGAAUGAGUACGUACGAGUCACGAUUCAUUUUUUUUUAAAAAAAAACCACAUAACUUUAUAAACCUAACCUAAAAUUCAUAAUUUUAAUUAAUGAUAAUUUUAAUUCUGUAUUAUGUGUAAUUCUCAAUAAUAUGUAUAUUUUAUAAUUUGCAUUCGUUUUUUCAUCGCAAUAACAAUCGACAACGUUAUCGUGAUGAAUGUUUUUUAUGAAAAAGAGUGCGAGAGAUAAUAAAUUAAUGUAUAAUUGAGAAUAUUGAGAGAAUCAAAUAUGUGUGAUUGUUGAAUUAAAAUCCAAUUUUGCAUGAUUAUUCAUUUUUAAAAAUCGUAAUAACAUUUAUAAAUAUUAAUCCAAUAAUUAAUGAAUUUUCUUCUUAUUAUAUUGUCGUAUAACAAUAAUUAAGAAAGAGGAAGUUGAUGAGUAAAAUAAAAUGAGAAAAAGAAAAAUGAACAAGUCAUUUGCACAGACUCAGUCCGCUAUGCGUGAUAGAAUCAUUGAAAGAUUUAAAUAAAUAAAUAAUGUUUUAUUAAAUUGUAAAUAUUUUAAAUAAUAGACGACGGACAUUAAAAAUUGUGCGUGAUUGGGGACCCACUAGGGCCGGUUCUUGAUUUAAUCGGUCCGACCCUCGCAUUAUUGCGGGUCCUUUGCUCUUUUUUGCAAUUUUCGUUUUGCUUUACACGUGAAUGUACAUCACUCUACUCACACAAUCCUAUUUAAAAACAACACUUGUAUGCAACAUUCAACUCAUGAGCUUCAAUAAUUGGCCCAGAUGCUGACUUCACAAAGUAACUAAUUAAAGGUUACCUAGAACACAAAUCACGAUUAAUAAAUAAAGAAAUUAUUGAAUCAAUUAAAUAAAGCAAGUUACGUGAGUUAGAAAACACGUACACGCAUACAAUACACAGCAAUUGAUGAUAUAAAAAAAAGGAAUACGUGCUCACUGCUCUACUCUAUCUGUAAUAUCUUUCUGAUUGACAAUUUCUUUCGUAUUCUUAUUGAUAAGUUUUCGUUUUCACACAUAAAAAUAUAUUAAGGAUA